AUGAAGAUCUACGCCACAAAUACGCAAACGUCUUGUGCUUGGACUCUGUACUCUGGCCUGCCGCAGUAUAUGAUCCUGGAAGAAGGAAUCUGGAAAAUGGAUCUGGAAAUCAUCUCUGAUAACUUUCAAAAUAACAACAAGUAUGAUGCCAUCAUUUAUAAACCAAAGAUGGACCUCUAUGAUGGGCAUGAUCCUGCCAACUGGCUAUUGCAAAAAAUACACCCUCAGGGAGUUUAUGUACAACAUUCCAAGAGACGUGUGGGUAACAACGAAGGUUUUGAGCUCUUAGACAUGUUCAAACAGCUGGAGGUGUGCCUCUGGGAGACCCGGAAUGAAAACACAGCAAUCCGAGAGGAAAACGCAGCAAUCCGAGAGAAAAUCACGGACAUCCAAAAGAAGGUCUCAGUCUUGAAAGCUGCUCAUAGAGCUCUUCGCCAUGGAGUUUUAGAAGAACGACGUAUCACCAACCGAAAGCAACUUUCCUCGGCUAGACAAAGACGUAUAGUGCGUGGCAGGAAUAUGAUUGCCCAUGGUGGUGAUAUACUUGGUGAUCUGGAAGCUAUCCGAUAUGUUGAAGAGAACGGUUUGCCAUACGUCACUGAGUACAAGGAUGAUUUUCAGAAGGCAUAUGGCUUACGGUUUAGUAAAGCUCUAGCCAAACUUCCAUCAUUUCCUGAGCAGGUGAUACGGACAUUCAAUAUCCUGGCUUCGGUUCGUGAAUUGAGCAUGUGGCGAGAAUGUAAAACACGAAAGGUAAAAAGAAAACGGGAUGCUAUUCAGACUCUGGCAAGUGAAAUCAUCAAAGCUGCCCUAGAUGCUGAUAUUAGCCAGCUUGCUGCAUGCUUUGAAGAGGGUGGUAACCUAGCAAAGAAAUAUUCCAAGAUGGAAAGGCUCUUUAACCAGGACAUACCAUAGGAAAUAGGCUUCCACCAAAC